AAAAUAAGUGUCUAUUAAUUGGUUUUUGUUGUUGUUUGCUGUUGUUUGUAAUAAUUAUUGGUGCCGCAACGCGGACCAUCAGUGCUACAGUAGUACCUAACUAUAGUAAUCCAGAGGUACAAAAACAUAAAACUUAAUACAUAAAAUAUAUAGUACUUAUAUAGAAACGUAUAGAGCACUGAAGAACUUGUCGAUCAGUAAGCCCAACGAAACUUACCUGAAGCCAAUAAUAAGUACAAGAGAGCGAGAGAGAGAGAGAGAGAAACCGAAGAAGGUAUACAUAUACUUUGUAAAUCUCUUAACUUAAAGGCAUUUGAAUAUUGUAUAUACAUAUAUAUAUAUAUAUAUGUAAAGCUUAUCCAUAAUACUGAAGAAUUAUUGUUGUCAACAAUUGCGUCAAAUUGAGCCCAACUGUUGCAUUUCUUGUUCGUGUUCAGCAUCGUUGUAUUAACUUAAAACAAAACUUUAAAAUACCGAAACUAAAAACAGAAGAUUUAAAACAAUAAUUUAAAGAAAACCGUAGACUAUUCAAAAAGAAAAAGAAAAACCAAAAAAAAAAAAGAGCUCAGUCUACAGUAAAUGCCCAAGAGAGGCAGCAUACAUAUGACAGAAGGUCUGGUCAAGACCCAGCCAAAUCUCAGCUGUACUUAAAAAGAACUUAAGAUCAGAUAAAACCAACAAAACAACAAAACAACAACACAGCAGCCAAAACAAAAGCCAAACAACUUAAACAACAAAAACAACGCGUCGCGCAGAUGAAACAAAAAUCAAAGAAAAUUAUAAUAAUAAUUUAGGUAAAGCGCAGCAAAUACUUCAACAGCAAGGACAACAAAAACAGCCCAAAAAUGACUAUGACAGCCGUAUGCUUUGUGUGCAACCUGCCCAUAAUGUCGCAUCAGGUUGGUCUGGUGUGGCAGGGCGGCAAUGGCUGGGACGACUUGGUGCGCGAACAGCUCGAAGAAUCUACGAUACGCCAGCGUCUUGGAGGCCGACGCGAUUCGGCCGCACAGAUCACAACGCCGCCGAGUUCAUCACCGCCUCCUGGCUUGCAACGACGCCGGCGCAGCUCGCUGGCUCAACUCACUGACAUCUUGCGCGAAUGGAGCGGCGGUUCCAGCAGGCAGCAGCAGCAGCAACAACAGCAACAGCAGCAGGCGGCUCGCAACAAGGCGCAUCUGAAUCGCCGCGAAACGCUAGCCGAUCUGGCACGCAGCCUUCCCUGGCGCACCUCCACCACAGAUGCCAGCACUGGCGGCAACGUUGGAUCCGGCUCCGGCAGUGGAGUCGGGAACACCACCUAUGUGACACCGCGCAAGCGACGCGAAUCGAGUGCCGAUUCUGGGAUACGCAGCAUACGCUCUCGCCGAGACUCCAGCACCACCGAGUUCGUCAAGCACUGGAACCGUCGCGAGAGCACCACAGUUGAGGAGCAGUCCAGCAGCGUCGUUGUGCCCAUUGUUGUCGAGUGCUCGAAGAGUGCCUCGCGACGCGGCUCCGGCGAGAGCUAUUUGUCUAGCAGCCGACGCGACAGCAAUGUUGCGAGUCGCGUGACAACGCCGCCUCCACCACCCAAAUACCAGGUGACCAAGAAGCGUGACUCGUUGGCCGCACCGGAAUUUCCCAAUUUUCGGCAGGAGCAGCGUCCCUCGACCAGCUCCGCCGGCUCCUGCUCAGACUCUGUGCCAUUGAUCUCAACCAGCACUUAUCACCAUCAGCAGGUAGAUUCCGCCUGCCAGGCAUUGCCGCCGCCGACCAUUAUAACCAGCUCGGUAACGCCGCCGGCCACUAGUCCGACGGCGCCGAAGGGUCGACGAGACUCCACCACGCAGUGCGGACGUGUCAAUCGGCGCGACUCCAAGGCGGGCAUCAGUCCGGAGCGGGCGCCACGGCUGCAGCGACUACAGCGGCAGGCAACCGCCUUCGAUGAGAGCUGCCUGCCCGGCGGCAGUCGACGGGGCUCCCAGCCAGCACUCAGUCCUGAUCCACCCGAGGACUGUGAGCGUCGCACCUCACGGCGCGAUUCCCUCUCGCCGGAUAGCGCAUCGCGCGGCGGUCGACGCGACUCCCGCACACAUCUCUCACCGGAUCGCUCGCACGAGCGGGACGGAAGUCCCAGGCGACAUACACUGCGACGGCAAAGCAGCUCGGCGGCCCGUUCACCGCGCUCCCCGGACUCAAACAGUUGCUCCUCAUCGCGUGAUCCCAGCCCGUGCUCGCGCCCGCAAACGACCACCGUCGAACAGAAUCAACGGCCCGCCAUACGGCGCCAGUCCACCACCGAGGAGAUUCUUAUAGCGCGUGGCUUCCGUCGCCAAUCGACCACCGAGGAAAUGAUACGUUGUCGCAACUUUCGACGCCAGAGCUCCCAGAGCGAUGAUGUCUGUCGCUAUCGUGGCAGACGCGACUCAUCGGCCCAGAUCAUUGAUGGCACCAUCGGCACCAUGACCGUGGAAACAACAAGCACCUUUUUUGACUCCAGCACCCAGACAGAGCCUUCACCGCUUUAUGAUAAUAAUCAUUAUCAUGAGGAAUGUCUGCGCUGCAAUUCGUGUGGUUUAAAUUUGACUGGUCCGAACCAGAAGCGUGCCAGAAGGUUCAAGAACCAAAUACUGUGCGAUCUGCAUUUCGCCGACGUGGCCCUAAUGGAGUGCUCCGAUUUUAUGCAACAGCUGCGGAGCUUUAAGCCACAAUCUUUGGGCUGUGCGGUCGCCAGGCGCAAGAGCUCAACGACGUUAAUAUUUCCACUGCCGCCGCAAGCUUGUUCAGAUGAAUUUUGCGAGGAGUAUCCGCAUAAUUUGAUGCCCACACCUGGCUAUUGGAUAGAGUGUUCACGACAGAAAAUAACGCUGCCCACGCCGCAUACGAUUUGGGAUGAGAGCGAUUCGGAGCACGAGGAUAUACGCGCUGGGAGUGCCAGCGAUGCGUAUUUGGAGCGUGAAUGCAGUGACCUCUAUGAGGACGAUGAGGAUUCGGAGGCAACGCCCAGUCCGCGCAAAAAAACAACCAUUGAGGAGCAAUGGGACCAGCAGGGCGCCUUUGAGCUAAUCUCUGUGGAGCAGGAGACGUACGAGAAAUACUUUUAUGGCACUGAGCAUUGGAAUUAUUUUACAAGUGACGAGGAUCUGGGCCCCGUUAUACUCUCCAUCAAACAGGAGACGCUCAAUGGACGGGAUCAGUUUCGUAUACUCGUGCGCGCCGGUUCCUACACGGUGCAUGGACUGAUACCCGCCUCCUGUGUGUUUGCCGAUAGAUAUAAUCGCGAGGAGGUAGUUAGAUCUUUAGGUAAAGAAGUUAAUUUAAAUCCACCAUUAACCUUAGGACAAUUGCCCGAUACGCCCGAGGAAUUAUUAAAAUUAGAUCAGGUUUUUAUAAAAUCCGAAUUAAAAGUCGGCGUCAUAUUCGUCAAAGAGGAACAAUAUAGCGAAGAGCAAAUUCUGGACAAUAAUGAAAAUUCACCGCUCUUCGAUGAGUUCCUCACGCUGCUCGGCGACCGCGUUCGCUUACGCGGCUUCGAUAAAUACAAAGGUGGCCUUGAUACGGUGCAUGACCUCACAGGUCUGUUCUCCGUUUAUACGAACUGGCGCAACAUUGAGAUCAUGUUCCAUGUGUCCACGCUGCUGCCCUACGAGAAACAUGACCCACAGAAGCUUCAACGCAAACGGCACAUCGGCAACGAUAUUGUCUGUGUGGUAUUCCUAGAAGCGGACAACACCCGCUUCAGUCCCGCCUGCAUUAAGAGCCAUUUUCUGCACACCUUCAUACUGGUGCGUGUCUCAGCGCGCAUUAAACACAAGCCCACACGCUACGAGGUAUCCGUGGUCACACGCGACGAGGUGGGCGCCUACAAGCCCUACCUAUGGGAGCAGUCGGUCUUUGAGAAGGGGCCAAUGUUUCGCGAGUGGCUGCUAACGAAAAUUGUAAAUGGGGAGCGCGCCUCGUAUUCGGCGCCAAAAUUUGCCAGAAUGCAGGAGCGGACGCGCUCACAGAUGCUCGAGGAUCUGGUGAUGAAUCUAUCGAAUCAUGCUGAAACUGGUCAAAUACCGAAGCCAUAUAGACGCGGCUCCUGGCGGCCCAUUGGCCACAUGCGACCAUCGUCACCGCUGCUGGAUUCGGUGCGAGAUCAGUUCGAGGAUUACGAUCAACUGGCCAAGGACUUUACGCGUGUAUUUCUAAACGACGAGCCAUCGUGCCUCACAAAUGCCCAUCUAUUCGAUGUGGUCUUUUUGGUGGGCCAGUCCAAGCAGAAGGCGCGCCUCAUUGGCGUACGCGCCAUAUUAGGUGUGCGCAGUCGGGUCUUUCAGGAAAUGCUUUAUGGCAUACAGACGGGCUUUGGAUCACCGCAGAUACCCGUUGCCGAGAUAUUUGCACGGCCAGCGCCGUCGCUGGUCUCGCCGCAAAAUCAAAAGCCGAAAAGUAACAACUAUUUAACCGUACCGGAUUCUGAUUCUAUACGACCCAAAAGUGUGCCCUCAUCGCCGAUGGUUAAGCGGGCGUUCUCGCGCCUUGGCACGAUCACGGCCGGCUGGGGUCGAUCCAUACGGAAUAAGAAUACGAAUCAAUUGAAUCCGGAUGAUAAAAAGAAGUGGAUAUCAUCGACAGAUUGUUCGAACAGAGAUAGUAAAGACAAGGAUAAGGACAAGCCGGGCAACAAUCAAUUGGCCAUGCCCCGGCUCUCCGUCUGCGCCGACGCCCAAAAGGUGGACCGGGCCAAGCUAGCCCAAACGGAAUUCAACAUUAUCGAAUUCGAUCCGGAUACGUUUCGUGUGCUCCUGGACUAUCUGCACACGGGCACCUGUCCACUGACCUGUGUCUCGAUACCAGGUCUGCUCUGCGCCGCGGAGCACUAUGAUCUGCCAGAGCUGUUGCAGGCGUGCUUCCAUCACUGCAAACAGUUCCUGCGCAUCGAGGUCGUUUGCCCGAUGCUGAUCUCGCUGGAGAACUACUACUGGCGUUACACAUCCGCCUCCGAGCUGGUCAACAUGAUACUGUCGUUCGUGGAGAGCAAGGCGCAUGCGCUGUUCAAAUGCCCCGAAUUCCUCCAUCUGUCCGAGUCGAUGGUGCAAAUGAUUAUGUGCCGGGAGCUGCAAACGCCGGAGAUACGUAAAUUUGAGGCGAUGCUCGCCUGGGCGCAGCACAAGGUUGCCAAGCUCAAGAAUCAUCCCAAUAAGGACACACAAUUCGAGUUCGAGUGCAUCAUGGAGCGACUGACGCGCGAUCUAAAUCUGUGCCGCAUCUCGCCCAGUGAACUGCUCACCGUUGUAUUGCCAUCAAAAUCGAUGAAGAACGAGAGGAUCAUGGAGACGCUCAUGGUGCAGGUGAAUCUUGGCACCUAUCGGAUGCCCGAGCUGGAUGCGUACCGUCAGCAGUUGCGACAGCAGGAGUCCGCCGAGGCCACCGUGCAAGUCCACCGGGGUGGAUGAGACAGUAAGAAUGUGAGUUUCGAUUUGGAUCAACAGCCGCUGGCGCUAGCCCCAAACACUGCCGCAACCAACGCUAAAAUGGC